AUAGUCCAAUAGGAUUUAAGCAUUGAUUUUAGCCGGUGAUUUUUGUACCCUUCAACCCUUUCAUCAUGGUGUAGUAGCGGGAUAAAAUGACACUUCUGUUUUGCUGUAAGACUAAGCUUCAAUAAAUUUAGAACUAAAAACCAGAGGUUCCCAUAUUCUGUAAACAAACCCACGGCCAAAGAUUUGUUGAUCAUCUCCAAUCAAUUUUCCUUAUUUGUCUUGCGUGAACAAAGACCGAUCUUCAAAAAGCAUCACAAAAAACACAGGAUGGAUGCGGACGAAUAUCGAAAGCAUGGCAAGGCGAUGGUGGAUAAGAUUGCAGACUACAUGUCAAAUGUGCGGGACUACGAUGUCCUGCCGAAGGAUGUCUACCCUGGCUACUUGAAGGACCAGCUGCCAAAACAGGCCCCCAAGGAGGGGGAGCCUUUCGAGAAGAUAGCCGAGGACAUCGACAAAGUCAUCCUUCCAGGGACGACUCAUUGGCAAUCUCCUCACAUGCAUGCGUUCUUCCCGGCUCUCAACUCGUACGCUUCUCUCCUCGGAGACAUGAUGGCAGACGCAAUCAACUGCAUCGGCUUCACCUGGGAGGCGAGUCCAGUGUGCACUGAGCUUGAGAUUGUAGUGAUGAACUGGCUGUGCGAUGCUCUGGGACUGCCGGAUAAGUUCCAGCACAAUCGGCCACACUCAUUUGGAGGUGGAGUGAUCUACACCACGUGCAGUGAGGCCACUCUAUCGGCCAUGAUGGCCAGCAGGAAACGAGCCAUAGAUGAACGGAAGUCGAGACAUGUUUGCGGUCGUCGAGGUCUGGCUGAUGCGGACAUUCUGUCGAGACUGGUCGCUUACUGCUCCGAUCAGGCACACUCGUCGGUUGAGAAGGCCAGUAUGCUGUGUAUGGUCACUCUGCGACAUCUGCCCACUGAUAAGGACACUAAAGCACUCAGGGGCCACACAUUGAAACAGGCCAUAGAAGAGGACACUGCUAAGGGACUGAUUCCAUUCUUUGUGUGUGCGACCUUGGGCACCACGGGUAUCUGUGCUUUCGACAACGUGGACGAGAUAGGCCAAGUGGCCGGUGAGUUUGGACUGUGGGUACACGUGGAUGCAGCCUAUGCGGGCACUGCCUUCAUCUGUCCCGAGUUCAGAUACCUGCUGAAGGGAGCCGAGACGGUGGACAGCUUCGCAUUCAAUCCCAGCAAGUGGAUGAUGGUGCACUUCGACUGCACCGCAUUCUGGGUUGCGGACUACAGAUGUCUCGAGAAUGCUUUCUGCAUUAACCCCGUCUACUUAAUGCACGACAAUAUGGAUAAGUCGGUGGACUUUAUGCACUGGCAAGUCCCACUCAGCCGACGGUUCAGGGCGCUCAAAUUGUGGUUCGUGUUGCGCUCAUUUGGCAUUGAAGGGCUGCAAAAACAUGUGCGGCAGGGAGUGGAGCUGGCGGCCUAUUUUGAACAGUUGAUGGCAAGCAACAAGAUAUUUGAAGUCAAAGCCAAACGCAUACUGGGACUGGUAGUGUUUCAGCUCAAGAACAACAGUGGGCUGACUAAGAAGCUGUUGAGUGAGUUGUUGGCCAGCCGCAAGUUGUACGCAGUGCCUGCUCUGCUGGACGGGGAGACGGUCAUUCGGUUCACUGUCACUUCUGCUAACACAACAAGAGAGGACAUCGAGCACGACUGGAAGCUGAUUGAAGAAACAGGGCUGAAAGUGAUUGCUGAGGAUUAUGAGAAGUGCUUUGCUGGAGAGUGUCUCACUUGUAGCAAAGAAAGAGCAGCUGCAGCAUCAGCAGCAUCUCGGGUCAAUCAACAAGCCGGUGGUUGUGUGCCGAUGGCACCGGCGAUUGAGAUUACCGACGAGCCAUCACUGGACGAUUCGGAUGUCGGGGAUGAGCGAAAAUUGAGUGACGGGUCUGGAAAGAGAAGCGAAGACUCAAUGAUUUCGUCAGAGUUGUCGGAAAUUAUGUGCUCUGCGGGACACAAUAAGAACGGCAAUGGGAAACUGUUCACGCCAGUUCAGGGGGCAAAGGGAAUUAUCGUCAGUUUCCGAGGUCCGAGUAUGUCAUCCCGCCCGAUUCCGGAGAUGUCAGAAGAAGGAAGUCAUUUGGAAGGAAAAAUCGGCGGCAAUUGUCAUGACAGUGACGACGAGGUUUGUUCCUCGGAGCUACACGGAGACGAGAACUCGGGAUCUGAAUGGGAAUCUGAAGCGAAUGCUCCGGUUAAAGGAAAAGAAGAGGUCUCCGAUGGAUCCUCGUAUGUCGAUUCUGACCUUGAAAUAAAGCGCAUUGAGCAUUGUUUCACAGGGUUCAAGCAAGGCGAGACUAAAAAGGAUUUGUUGCGGGCGAAAAGUUACGACCUCGACAGCGUAUCGUUGUCGGUUGGAGACGAGGAUAAAUCGUAUGAACGAAGCUCGGUUUGGAUGCGAACCGGAAGCUUCGUGAGUCGAAUGGGCAAACGAAUGGCAAAUCUGGGAAGUCCUCGUUGAAAGCCACGCCAAAGUCACGUAUCUGACUGUCUCCUGAUAUAGUUGCACAAAUGAAAUGCUGGAACAUUUCCGCGGCUUAGACAUUAAGAGUACAUUUAUCUGUUUUCCACCCCGCUCCCACAUUUCAACUACUUUCUUGAAAUCUAAUUUAUGUUUUGAUAAUGUGAAAAUGUGGAUGAUGAAAAAAAGACUAAACGUGAAUACAUUUGCUGUUCAUACCUUAUAUCCUAAAAGCAAGAUUUGGCGUGUAACGAAAACAAAGUGUUGAAAUGUUGGGUUGGCCAGAGAAAAAAGAACCGAUAUUUAAAAGAAAACAACCAGAAAACCAUAGAAAAUUAAUUAUAUUUGUGAAUAGAAAAAAUUCUGAAAGAAAAUCUAAAGAAGUAACCAAGCUGAAAAAAAUAAAACGGAUGACAUUAUAAAAAUAGUUGUAGUCCAACAAAAAUAGUGCAUGCUUAGUAAUGAGCGGCAGAAUAGUCAAUUGAUUAGCUGCAUAGUUUUCAGGUUUCUGUAAAAUCUUAACUGAUUGAAUUGAGACUUUGAAAGCCGA